UCAGGAAUAUUCACGGCUGCUCUCGCCCUCUUCACCGACCUAAACGUCCUCUUAAACCUAGUCUCUAUCGGAACGCUCUUUGUCUUCUACAUGGUGGCAAACGCCGUUAUAUUCCGCCGUUAUGUAGUGGUGGGAUACACCAAGCCAUGGCCAACACUCUCUUUCCUUUGCCUAUUCUCCAUAACCUCAGUUUUUUUCACCUUAGUCUGGCAACUCGCACCGCCAGGGCCACUUAGAUGGUUCAUGCUCGGAGCCAGCGCGGUCACGGCUAUAGCCAUCGUGCAAAUAUUCCAUUGUGUUGUACCUCAAGCUAUGAUCCCUGAGUUUUGGGGUGUACCGUUGAUGCCGUGGACUCCAUGCGUUUCGAUAUCUUUGAACAUUUUCUUGCUUGGAUCGUUGGAGGCUCCUUCUUAUAUCAGAUUCGGGUGCUUCUCGGGAUUGGCAGUGCUUGUGUAUGUGUUUUAUAGUGUUCAUGCGAGCUUUGAUGCUGAAGGAGAUGGGUCUCUUGAUUUCAAAGACAUGGAAAGCCUUGAAAGAAUCAACAGAUCAGUUUUGUGUUAAUUAAAAUGCUUGUUUAGUAAAAUGAACUUGAUGACAAUUUUGACCCAAAAAAAAAGA